AUGCACGCACAUCGAACACGACAAGCAUCAAGAAGGAUAUCCACCGAACUAGUCAAUUUGACGGGUCAGCAACAUGGCAGCAUACCACAAAAGAAAAGGAGCAAUGAUGUUUUAUUCGCUCAAAAUAAUCCAAUAGCUGAUGAUAUUUCAAAUGACCUCAAUCAACAAUCUGUCAGCAGGAAUGCUGCCGAAAGGACCGCCCAGGCUAGUAAUUUAUAUCUGGCAAAGGCGUGGUUUCAAAGUUCUCAACCCAUGACAAGAAGUCGAUCCUCUGAACUACGGAGAAGGUAUGCUGCUAUGCAAUGUUCCCAGACAAAUAUAGGUAUGGAAGCUAUGCAGAAUGUUUCUGGGCAUGGUGUCAACAGUUUGAAACAAGAGUUUGGACAUCCAAAUGGUUUCAGAGACCCUCCUAUUCACGACGCUGCCAAUCAGUUGGGCACGUUCAUGUCUCCAUCCAAUUCAUCCUCAUCUACUUUUAACACCCCACUAAUGAGCAGCAUAGAUAAAGUUUCUUCUGUUGUUAGCAUGCUAAAGGGCACACUGGAACGCAAGAAGCUAGGCAGCCAGAUCGAGAAGGAAACAGUUGAAGAUAGUUCUAAUGUACUUUACCAUGCUCAGGAAGUUACAAUCAACUCUACUUUUGAUCAAGGAAAAGGGAAUGGCAUUCACGAGAUUCCAGGAAGUUUUCAAGAAAUAUCAUGUGGUCAAGUUAAGGUUCCCGGGGUUCUGCAGACGGUUCAGGGACCCAUGGAUCUUGACUUUGAAGGUUUUGUAAAUACCAUCAACCCAAUCCAGCUGAGCACAGUCUCUCGCGAACCUUCUCAAAGUGAAUCUUCUGCUGCUGCACCAGUAGUUUCAUCUUGUUUUGAUGCAUGUGAUGGUCCCAGCAACUCAAGUCAAACUUUAAGCGUUUGUGAGAGCUCAAGGAAACAAGUUGGAAAUGAUUUUAGAGAACGGAUAAUUGACAAUUUGAAGGAUGAUCGAAAGAGGGGAGGUCUCGUCCGAUAUGGAUCCGUGACAUCAGCAGGUUCAGUGGACAAGGGGGACCCAACUAAAAAGCGGAGAGUGGAACGUUCACGAAAAAUGGCAGAGGCAAAGGAAAGGAAUAUGACACCAGCAAUUCCAUCCGAUAUGCAGUCAGUCCUCAAGCGAUGUGAAAAUCUUGAGAAGGAAGUACGAUCACUCAAGCUGAACUUGUCCUUCAUGAACAGGAAGGAUUCUGAACAGACUAAGCAGAUAGAAGAGCUUCAGAAACAGAAUCAAGAGUUGGGUGAUGAAAAAGAACGCCUCUUAGAGGAAAUUGAGAGGAUUCUAGCAGAAACAGAAAAGAUGUAG